AUGGGGAGUGAUAUAGAGAACUUUUAUACUCUGGAGGAAGAGCUCGGUCGUGGUGGCCAAGCAAUCGUAUACAAGAUGAAGCGCAAGGUAGAUGGCAAGUUUUUCGCAUGUAAAACAAUUCGAGUGAGUGAUUACGCAAUUGAAGACUCGAUCACCGAUGACACGCUCCCAGAUGGAGGCCUACGAGAAGAAGCUGAGGCAGAGAUUGAGGCACUGGUGCAUCUCUCAAAGAUGCAUAGUCCGAGUGGUGGAGCAAUGGUACCUGAGCUUGUGGAGGUUUUUAGGGAUGAGGAUUACUAUCAUCUUGUCAUGGAGCUAUGUCAGUGUUCACUAAGAGAUGUACUACUUAGAAAAAAGAGGCUUAGUGAGCACGAAGCUGCAAUUGUGAUCAAGCAAGUGGCCAAGGCAGUCCACAAGAUGCACAGGAGGGGUGUCACUCACAGGGACAUCAAGCCUGGGAACAUCCUUCUUGGGUUUGGGGAAAGCUUAUUUGGGAAUGUAAAGUUGGCAGACUUUGGAACAUCGUCAAGGUUUUCAAAGAAGGGGUCACCACCAGGUAUGAUCAUGAGGGGGAUGGUUGGGACAGAGAGGUAUAGAGCUCCUGAGAUGUCAUCUCCUGGCUGUGUUUAUGACGAGAGGGUUGAUGUGUGGAGCAUGGGGAUUGUUCUUUAUGAGAUGUUGUCUGGAAAGUGUGCAUUUCCAGGGCUGGCAUCGCAGGAAAUUGAGAAAAGAUUAGGAUGUUUAGAGGAUUUGCCAAUAAGCUCUCUCGAUUGGAUAGGUAUAAACAACGAAGCUAAAAAACUCAUUCUGCAUUUGCUCAACAUCGACCCUGAGAAGAGGCUGUCUUUGCAAAAAGUGAAGAAGCAUCCUUGGGUGGUGAGGAAUUUGUCAAGUCCACAACACGAAUUGACAAUGGAAAAGCUCCAGGAUCAAACAAAGGCAGGGAAAAUGAGUUUGAAGUUGGUUUUCCAGCAGUCAGAGCCCGGGAAAUGGUGUGUGAAAAGAAAGCGGGAAGAAGAACACUUGAAAACUAUAAUGAUCGAGCCAAAAAAGAUUCGACUGCGAUGUAUAAAUGGAGCAUGGCAAACUGUCCACUGA